AUGUUUCUGUUUCUGUUUCUCUUUGCUUUUCUUAAUCAAGCUUCUUCAUUCACCCAAGCUCCCUUUCCAGUCCCUCAAAUCACCACUGGUUUCAGCUUUCCUUCAUUCACCCCAGCAAGUUGCAGUGAUGGUAACUUAACUUGCACGGGUUCAGCUACCAGUUACGACGACUACUUAAGCCUAACCCCAGAGCCACAACCAGGUUAUCCAACCUUGCAACGAAAUCAAGUUGGCAGGGUUCUAUACAAAUACCCUUUGUUUGCGUGGCCAGCACGUUUCUAUACUAGGUUCACGUUCAGGAUUCUUACCUCCCCUUAUUCAACCGAAUCUGCAGAUGGACUAACAUUUAUUAUGGCACCCAAUAGUAGUCCCUCGCCAGCUGACAGCUUUGGUUCCUAUCUUGGAAUAAUGGAUCCAGCACAAGACGGUCGCGCUGCUGAUCAAUUAGCAGUGGAAUUUGACACUUACAAGAAUACAUUUGAUUUGGAUGGCAAUCAUGUAUCGAUUGACACAAAAGUGUGA